GAGGGAUUGGCCGAGGCUGGUCUCGGAGUGAUGAGCCCAGCACCUCCCGGGAGCAAGGCGGAAGCGUACGGGACGCCGUAGGGCGGAGGCGGGAGAGGCUAGGGUCGCGAUGAGUGGGCUCGGCCGGCUCUUCGGGAGGGAGAAGAAGGAGAGGGGGCCAACCCCUGAAGACGCAAUACAGAAACUGAAGGAGACGGAGAAGAUAUUGAUCAAGAAACAGGAAUUUCUGGAGCAGAAGAUUGAACAGGAGCUACAAACUGCCAAGAAGCAUGGGACGAAGAAUAAGAGAGCCGCCCUACAGGCUUUGCGGAGGAAGAAAAGGUUGGAACAGCAGCUGGCACAAACGGACGGGACAUUAUCCACCCUGGAGUUUCAGCGUGAGGCCAUUGAGAAUGCCACCACCAAUGCAGAAGUGCUUCGUACCAUGGACCUUGCUGCCCAAGGCAUGAAGAAGGCCUACCAGGACAUGGACAUUGACAAGGUGGAUGAACUGAUGGCUGACAUCACAGAACAACAGGAGGUGGCCCAGCAGAUCUCAGAUGCCAUUUCUCGACCCGUGGGAUUUGGAGAUGAUGUGGAUGAGGAUGAACUGUUGGAGGAGCUAGAGGAGCUGGAGCAGGAGGAAUUGGCCCGAGAGUUGUUACAUGUGGGCGACAAGGAGGAGGAACCCCCAGUCACACUGCCCAGUGUACCGUCUACACAUCUUCCAGCAGGGCCAGCUCCCAAAACGGAUGAAGAUGAAGAAGCACUAAAGCAGUUGGCUGAGUGGGUGUCCUGAUGAGUCUGGGCUUGUCUACCUGACGCUGCCUUCAUUGUUCUCUUUUCCUUAAGUGCCAAGUGCUAAGCUAAAGGAACAUGGCCUUGUUGGGAGGUCCUGCUGAGAGUGGUAGUGUGACCCUGCCUGAGAAAAGGGUCUGUCGCCCUCCCAUCUCAGGCUCAACCCUGAAGAAGGAUCUUGGUGCAGGAGGAACCCCUGGGCUCCCUUUAAUAGCAGUUACAGUGCCCUCGUUCGCAAUAAAAUUGGGCGGAUGGAACCCUAGUGCUUAUACUGCCCUGUCUACAACUGAAA